AUGAAUUUUGCACGAAUUUAUCACACAGCAUCUACAUUAGCAAAUGGAUCAGUAUUAGUUGCUGGUGGACAGAACAAUACUUAUCUCAAUAGUGCUGAAUUGUACAAUCCAUUAACAGGCACUUGGACAACCACAGGAAGCAUGAGUGCCGCACGAGAACAACACACAGCAACCAUAUUAGCAAAUGGAUUAGUAUUAGUUGCUGGUGGCCACAGCAGUAAUCCUCUCAAUAGUGCUGAAUUGUAUAAUUCAUCAACAGGCACUUGGAUAACUACAGGAAGCAUGAAUACCGUACGAAUGUAUCACACAGCAUCCACACUAGCAAAUGGAUUAGUAUUAGUUAUUGGUGGAUAUGGUAGUACUAAUUAUCUCACUAGUGCUGAAUUGUACAAUUCAUCAACAGGUACCUGGACAACCACAGGAAACAUGAGUUUCGCACGAGCAUUUCCCACAGCAUCCAUAUUAGCAAAUGGAUCAGUAUUAGUUACUGGUGGACAAAGUAUCGGUGGUGCUCCUCUCAAUAGUGCUGAAUUGUACAAUCCAUUAACAGGCACUUGGACAGCUACAGGAAGCAUGAGUUCCGCACGAGAAUAUCACACAGCAUCUACAUUAGCAAAUGGAUCAGUAUUAGUCGCUGGCGGAGACAACGGUACUAGUUUUCCCAAUAGUGCUGAAUUGUAUAAUCCAUCAACGGGUGCUUGGGCAACUACAGGAAGCAUGAGCUUCGCACGAGAAUAUCACACAGCAUCCACAUUAGCAAAUGGAUUUGUAUUAGUUGCUGGUGGAGCGAAUAUCAAUAGUGAAAUCAAUAGUGCUGAAUUGUAUAAUCCAUUAACAGGCACUUGGACAACCACAGCAAACCCGAGUACCAUACGACAAUGGCACGCAGCAUCGAUAUUAGCAAAUGGAAAAGUAUUAGUUACUGGCGGAUAUGGUACUACUUAUCUCAAUAGUGCUGAGCUAUAUUAA